UCCGUAUUCUUAAUUAUGUAUGUGGGCUCAUGGGUGUCUGAAAACUUCUCGUCGGAGUGUUAGUAGCUGCAGCUCUCAUCAUCUCCCUUCUUUCCACUAAACCCAAACAUCGCUAAUGCCCUCAACCAUCAUCUUCUCCAAUGCCAACCACUAUCCGCCACCACUACAACCACCGUCUCCUCCUACCCCGCCGCCUCUCUCCCUUCCCACAACUACCCACCUCCCCGUAUCACCCUCCUCACCUCUCUUUCCCUUCCAAACUCAACAUCCUCUGUUGCCUAUCAAUACACCACCCGAACCCCAACCAAACCUCCACCUCCACCACCGCCACUGACACCACCCAUCUCCGAGUAGUAUUCGCCGCCGGCGGAACCGGAGGACACAUAAUCCCAGCAGUAGCAAUAGCUGAUGAACUCAGAUCAUCAAACCCCAACACGCAAAUCCUCUUCAUAGGAUCACCCAACAGCAUGGAGUCCACCGCCAUCCCAUCAGCCGGCUAUAAUUUCUCCCCACUCCCACCGUUUAAUCUCCACCGCCCACUAUUCUCCCUUCAAAAUCUUUCACUUCCAUUUCACUUACUCCAAUCAAUCAUCCACACCUUCAAAUUACUUCAACAAUUCAAGCCUGAUAUAGUCAUAGGAACUGGUGGGUAUGUUUCAUUUCCCACUUGUGUUGCAGCUUUACUUGCAAGAAUCAAGCUUGUUGUUCAAGAACAAAGCUCGGUUCCCGGCAUUGCGAACUCGGUUCUUUCGGGUUUUUCUGAGGUUGUUUUUGUUGCUUAUAAUUCUACAGUUGAGUGUUUUUCCAAGAAAUGUAAGUGUGUUGUUAGUGGGAAUCCUAUAAGGUUGUCUUUGAGGCAGUUUGUGUCUAAGGCUGUGGCUAGGAAAGAGUUUUUUCCUAUGUCUGGUGGGAAACAAGGGAAAAAAGUGAUCUUGGUUCUUGGUGGGUCUUAUGGGGCUAAUACUAUUAAUGUAGCUUUGUUGUAUAUUUAUAAUAAAAUGUUGGUUCAGCAUAAGAAUUGGUUUAUUAUUUGGCAAACUGGAGUUGAGGCUUAUAAUGAGAUGGAAAGCGUUGUUCGGAUUCAUCCGCAUUUGGUUUUGACUCCGUUUUUGCAUUCAAUGGAUUUGGCUUACGCUGCUGCAGACCUUGUUGUCUCUAGAGCAGGUGCAAUGACGUGCUCUGAGAUUUUAGCUACUGGGAAACCUGCUAUUCUGAUACCAUCUCCAAAUACUGAAGAAGGACACCAAGUAAGAAAUGCUUCUCUUCUGGCAGAUGUAGCAGGUUCAAGGAUUAUAAUCGAAGACGAGCUAGAUUCGACUACUCUGGAAACCACAAUUGAAGAGAUAUUGGGAGAUGAAAUUUUGAUGGCAGAUAUGUCGGAAAGGGCAAUAAAAGCUGCAAAGCCGGAUGCCUCUGCAGAAAUCGUGCGCCAUAUUCUUUCACUGGUUGAGACAUCAAAGGCAAAGAAUAGCAACUUUAGUUGAUAAACAAAGAAAUAAAGGCUCCAUUGUUUGAUCGAAGCUGAGAAUGUGUGCCUCCUAGCCAUUUCAAUAAGGCUAGAAUCAUGCAUAGAACUGCUUUAUUUCUACUCUGGUUGCAAAUAAGCUAGAUAGAUAGUCAAUUAGUCAUAUAUUUUCCAAUAAUAAUAUCCUGAUUAAUCAAGUCAUAUACUUUUUAAUAAUAAGAUCCUGAUUGUAGCCUAUCCUUUUUGUAUCCAUUUUUCAAGGCUCCGACUGUUUGCAUUCCCUGUAAAGCUAAUGGAGUAUAUUUUUGUGUGUCGGAAAAUUAAUAAUUAAUAAUUAUUUAAAUUGAGAGUUA